AACAAAAAGAAAACAAAGAAGAAGAAGAAGCUAACUUGAAGAUUUCACGAUGGUUCGGGCAUUGACUCGUCGGUACAGCACUCACAACUCGGGAUCUUUCCGCAUUAUGAGAAUGAUUGAGAGUCCACCGAGGCAGCAGCAAAACCCGACCCCGGCUGGUAAUGAUCACGCCGAUGAUGUUGAUUAUAACCAGCAAGAAAAAUCAACCGAUCACCAACAUAUAGGAGAUCGUUUCCCAGGAACUUCCCCGGAGAGACCACCAUCAGAUAUGGAUAUGAUGAAGGAAAAGUUUGCUAAGUUGCUUCUGGGUGAAGAUAUGUCGGGAGGAGGAAAAGGUGUUUCUUCAGCUUUGGCUUUGUCAAAUGCAGUGACAAACCUAGCAGCAUCCGUUUUCGGAGAACAAGUAAAAUUAGGACCUAUGGCUCCGGAGACGAAAGCAAGGUGGAGAAGAGAAAUGGAUUGGCUUCUAUCGGUCACCGAUCACAUCGUCGAGUUCGUUCCUUCACUGCAGAAAACGAAGAACGGAACAAACAUGGAGGUUAUGGUCACUAGACAAAGGAGCGAUCUGCUUACCAACAUACCCGGCCUACGCAAACUCGACACGAUGCUUAUCGAGGCUCUUGACAGCUUUGGGCAAGAACAAGAGUUCUGGUACGUGUCCAAAAACAACGAUCAUGAUAACGAAAAUGGCCAUAGGGAUGACAAAUGGUGGCAUCCGACUGUAAAGGUACCUGCAAAUGGGUUAUCGGAAACAUCACGACGGUGGCUGCAGUGUCAAAAGGAGUCGGUGAAUCAGGUUCUAAAAGCCGCUAUGGCCAUCAAUGCAGAAAUCCUAUCCGAAAUGGAGAUUCCCGAAAGCUACAUCGAUUCCCUUCCCAGGAAUGGAAGAUCAAGCCUGGGCGAUUCAAUCUAUAAAAGCAUCACGGUGGAUCAGUUUGAUCCGUCACAGUUCCUAGCAACCAUGGACUUGUCAACAGAACACAAAGUUUUAGACCUUAAGAAUAGGAUUGAGGCCUCCAUUAUCAUUUGGAAGAGGAAGUUGCACCAUAAAGAUGGAAGAUCUUCUUGGGGUUCGAGUGUCAGCUUGGAGAAGAGGGAACUCUUCGAAGUGAGGGCCGAGACCAUCUUAAUCUUGUUAAAGCAGCAAUUUCCGGAACUUCCACAAUCUUCACUGGAUAUAUCCAAGAUCCAAUACAAUAGGGAUGUAGGACACGCUAUCCAGGAGAGCUAUUCAAGGAUCCUAGAGAGCUUGGCAUUCAACGUCAUGUCCAGAAUCGAAGAUGUCCUUCAUGCCGACUGCCUUACUCGAAUAUCUUCACCGGCAAGAUCCGAGGCCUCCUCUAGCUCCUCUGGUGAAGACGCAGUCGCCACGAGUGCUGCAGACACACCUAUUCUCUCGGAUUUCAUGGGAUGGGGUAUUGCUUCAAGAAGGAGAGAUUCAACUGAUCUAGAAAUCUACUUUAAGGGUGAUGAUGACAACAAAACGUCCAAGCCAACCCCAAAGAAAUCUCCAUAUCUAGAGAAACUUGAAAGCUGUGGCCUAAGAAGUCCCGAUGCUCGUCAAUGAUAGGUAGAAGAA